UCUCCCGGCGAGACGCGACGCGACCCGGCGGAGGAGGAUGUGCGAGGGGAGGCGGCUGGGCGACGCGGCCCGGCCGGCGUGGGCGGAGCUGCGGAGGAGGGAGGCCGCGGCGGACGCGCGCCUGGCGGCGGCGCGGGCGCGCCUCGCCGAGGCGCUGGCGGAGCUGGAGCGGGCCCGGGCGCGCGCCGCCGAGCUGCAGCGCAGGCUGGAGGAGACCUACGGCAAGCGCCGCCGGCUCAAGCGGGUGGCGGCCGCCGCGCGCGACCGGAUCCACGAGACCCGCGCCCGCCUCCAGGAGCACGAGCAGCAGCAGGACCAGCUCCCCGCCGAAUCCGAUCCCACCUCAUAG